AUGGCUUCGUCUGCGCUUAUUUUAAUGGUUCAUCUCGUUGUUUUCAUUACUUGUGGAGCAACACAUGACAACAAACCAGAGCAGAUUCACAUUGCCUUCACAGGGAUUGCUAGCGAGCGAAAUGUGAACUAUGUGACACCUUCGCCAGAUGAAAAUCCCGAGACUGUGGUGAUGUAUGGUACGCGCUCGGACAAGUUAGAAAAGAAAGCAGUCGGAGAUUCUUUCGUAUUUAACGGUCCAGGGCAUAGAUUCAGAAUUCACAAUGUGAAGGUACGAAAAAAAUUAUUCAAUUCAACAAAAUUGAAUCGACUGCUCGUUUUAAUUUACAUGGCAAUUAUGUAAUCGUAUGCUUCUUUAUUCAGCCAACGGUACUUCCAAAAAUGAUUCUGGUGUUACUACUACUUUAAAAUUGAUUUUAAACACCUGCUUAAUAAAACGCUUGCUAUUGCUGAUAACUACUCACAGUGAAGAAGAUUUGAAACUGAUAACCUACAUCAAACAAAAUUUCUUUCAGUUUCGACUUUAGGGUUAAAAAGAACUUCCGGCCAACCUCAGCUGGCCUUUUGGCCCCAUUUCCUAUUUCAAUAAUCUCUCUUACAAUCAGUCCAUUUUGAAAAAUAAGUCACCUGGAGUGGAGCAACAAGGACCAACAACAAUGCCUACCAACUCUUCAGUGCUUUGGCAUGCUAUAGCCUAUGAGCAAGCUCUCCGGGGCGCCUUGGGGGCGGUGCGUGAUGUGGGGGAGAGCUCCCCAGAGAGCCCUGGCGCGAAGGGAAGUGAGCACGAAAAAACAGGGGGGGGGGGGGGGCGCCACUCUUCUAUCUGAACGCCUGGAACAGGCUACUGAAGAGCUUGCUAGCCGACUAUCGGGAUGGCAUCCUUGCAAAUGCACCAAAACCCGGAACAACGGAACACAACUCCAGAGCACUCCGGUAAAUCCCCGAAAAACCUGGUAAUACAGGGGUUAUCUAGAGGUUGUAAAUUCGUUUUUACUCCGCUUACGUGAUUAACUUUCUGUUUUAACCAGAAUGAUAAUAUAAAGUAAUCAUAUUUCUACGCCCUAAGAAGACCGAAUUAUUCUUUCAUGCAAUGUUUUAUCGUUGUUUUGUCUACUCACAAAAGUUGACAGGUCUUGCUCCUAACACGCUCUAUUACUACCAAGUUGGUGUGCCAGACAAUGGAACGAGUGAAGUGAUGUCUUUUUCGAGCAAAGAGGGCAACCUAGUUUUCGCGGUGAGUUUUCAACCAAUUAAACUUCUCUCUAAAACGCAUGUUCAUUCCCACCAUCGGAGCCGCCAGGGCUGGGAAAAAUGUCACGUGAUCCAAGUGAUCUGCAAGUGUAAGCUCUCCUAACGGACACUCUCGUUAGCGGGAAACAGCUCUACUUACGUCCGCCGCCUUCACAAAACCCCUUUUUUCUCGACUCCCAUACAAACUCUGUAUUUUUACAUUCCCGUAAGCGGCCAGCUACAGUUACGGGCACCAUUUUCGCGACCCGAGGCUGUCCACUCACAAGAGCUUCCACUGUAAUAUUUAAGCAAUAGAAAACGUUUUCCGUGUUUGCAUAGCCUUAUAUAAACACAAACGUUUCUGAGCAAAAACGUACAACUCUUUUUUUAUGGCACUGAUUAAAAGAGAAAUUCUUACCAGUUGUAAAGUCCUGUACACGAAGUCUUUCACGAGUAAUCAGUUCCUGUUUUGCAAAAAGAUGCUUUCCAAAAUACGGAUUUUUCUCGCUUAAAAUGUCAGCUUAAGCGAAAAAAAGUUGACACAGCUUGUUUGUAAAGAUUUUUCAAGUUUCAGCCGACGAAGGAAUGGGUAAAUAAAGUGAUCUUGUCGAGUUUUGAUCACUAAAACUUUUUCAAAUUCGUGCUUGCGUGAUUAGCGCGCGGAAAGCAAAACAUCUCGCGUCACAACCAUGUUUACAUACUCUCAUGCAAACACUCCUCUCAGCCAAUCAGAGUGCGCGAACUAUCUUAGUUAUUUUAUUAAUAUAAAUACCGGUAACCCACAGUCGCUUAUGUCCAUCACGUGGAUGUCCUAUGACGCGAAUUUCGUGCAAACAAACAGAAAAUUUAAAGUUCAAGGCGUUUUUAUAAUGAUGUUUGUUGGUUAAUAUACAGUUAGAUCAACUGAUCAGGAAAUGCGCUCGCUCUUCUCUGGCGAACUCAUCGAAGACAGGAAUUGUGAGAAACGGUAGGCUGCUAAGCAGGCGCCAGUUCUUUUAGGGCAAAGAAAGAAAUCUCGAGGACGAGCGUGUCCCCCUCGCGUGGCCUGCAAAAAAUAGUAGAGAAACGGCAGAGCUCUAGCUAAAAUAUGCAGCAGAAUUCUAAUACAAUUUAAUUGAAAAGGGACUGUAAGAAUAGUUUAUGAUGAAUGAGAUGCUUUAUAUAUGAUCCUCUUUCAUAACCUUUACUAAAACUUAUGCUAGCGACAUUUGUUUUACGGGGUGUUGCCGAGAGAAAAUGGUGUCGUACAGUACCACAAAUGAUCCCCGACCAGACAGCAAAUGAUCUCCAAAAAUGGACCGUAAAUGAUCCCUAGAGGAAAAAUCGAAUGGGUUGAAAAGUAAUCAGCACCAUUUAUCAUCCAUUCCUAAAAUCCAUUCCUUUAUUUGCAGCUGCUAUAAUAAAAAAUUAACCCUUAAAGCCCCAAUAUCCACAUACAAAUUCUCCAAACUGAUCUCCAUACAUUUCCUUUAAGAGUUAGUUGAGAGAAUUUGAUGGCAGAUCAAAGCAUUUUCUCUUUAGUGAUCAUUUCAUAAAUUCUCAUAACCCAAUCUCUUGACAAGGUAUGAAUAUUGUUGGGAGAAAAUUGACGUUGGUCACCAUUGGGACAUGAAGGGUUAAUUCAAAACCUAAAGUUCAGUUUGGGGAUCAUUUGCGGUACUGUACAGUCUCGCACGAGACUGGAUCGGUGUGAGCUGACGAAUUGCACUAUGGGUAGGGCUGAGGGACCAAUUUGAACCCAGUUUCCCUCGCAGUGUCAGGGACAGCGUCUCCAAAUAGACCCGUGGUGCAAUUCCUACUUAGCCUCGGGUGUAAGCCUAAAAUGGCCAGUAGGGGCACCUUAUAACGUGGUUUUACCGUAAGCGUGUGCAGGUAAUGUUUAUUCCAAUAUUGCUGUUCCAUUAAUUCCCUUUUUUACUUGUAGGUGUACGGUGAUAUGGGCUACACCAACGCUGUAAGUCUUAAUCGCCUCAUAACCGAAGUAAAAGGCUCGGGAUAUGACGCUGUACUUCACGUUGGAGGUAUUUGAAACAAGUCUGUCUACAUAUUCUAGCCUGAAUUGAUCUACCCAGGAUGCCACAACUUUUACGCUCGUUGAUACCCCUUUCCCCUCCAACGUGGCGUAAAAACAACAGUCAUUCAAAGUUUGGUAGAUGGGCAAUAACAGGGAUGUGUUCCUUUAAGUGGCUGAUCAGCCCGCGAACAGCGGGCGAGUACUCAGGCCACUUUCGGCAUGACUACCUAAUUAAAUAUGCAUAUAUCAUGCUAUUUUAACCGGGUUUGCUUCCAUCAGUGAUCCUGAAAAGUGAACUACAAAUGUGACUCAAUAAAACAAACACAUAAAACUUGAUUUCAAAUAACACGUGACAUUGCUUCGUCAAUGAUGUCACACAACACGUUUUCCUAAACAGGGAAGGGUUGCAACCCUUAAUUUUAAAAAUUUUCACCACCAAAAUGUACGUAAACAGUGUAAAUCGCAAAUUCGCCUUGUAUGAUUGGAAACGUUAUUUAUCCUAUUAGCUAUUUAAUUAAUUAACAAGUCACGUGAUCCUUUUCCCUUUAUUUACCGAUUCCUAUAUAACGUAAACACACAUGCAAGGCCAAUUCUUCAGAACCUUUUUAAUAACCUCUGAAAUAUACCUAAAAGAACUUGUUGCUAAAUCAUUAUCCUUUCCCCAUUUUCGAGUAAAUAUUUUGACCGUUAAUUUUCAAUUAUUAGUCACUUGACAAAAAUUUGUGUUUAUAAAAUGUGUCAUAUUGCUAUGGCCAUUAAGCUACAUUAGUAGUCCAGUUUUGAGGAUCAUUGAUAGAAGUAAACCGUUCUAAAUAGAAUUUUCUCAAAAUAUGCAUAUUUAAUUAGAUAGUCAUGCCUCAAGUGGCCUGACUACGAAACCCAGCCUUUUGUAAUCUCUUGUGCGCAGAGGACAGCUUUUAUCAGCCCGAAUUUUUACUUUUUCUUUCUGUCAAAAUUGUGACCAUAGAGAAAUUAAGAUUCACGUCUACGCCAAUUUGCACCACGUGACCAAGUUUCCCCCUUAUUUUCCGUUUACUCUUUAUUGCUUCCACACAAAAAUAACUAGUUUUAUGCACGUUUUAAGAAUAGGAAUCGUCUGGGACUGUUUUUAUCUGCUUAUUAUUCUGAGAAAUUCUCAACUUGAGUCUGACGUUUGCCGUUUUGCGGUAAAGGUGAAUCUUAAUCUCUCUCAUGUCCUUUUCCAUACCGCUAUUCGCGCCAAAUUCCCUUUUAGUUAUUAGGUACAAUUCUUUGUGAUCGUUAGAAGAAGACUGACAAAGGCUUUGGUGUGAUGUUAGUAGUCUGAAGUGUCAGAGAGGCUCUCUUGCCUGGCCGCCCGGCCGCACGACUUCCGCGCUAGACCAACUCUUUCACCUUUCUAUUAGCUAAAGCAAACUGGUCCGUUUACACAGGUGAUCUUUAAUGCGAUUUCACUGAAUCUAUCAGCAAAAGUUCUAUGGCGAUUAAUCGCAGCCAAAUUACCUUUGUUUCGACGAAACCUGUUUGGAAUUUUACAAUUUAUCGGCGAUUUUCUGUACUAGAGUCACUAAAACGGCCACUUACCCCUACACCCAAGGCUAUUUCAAUCCCGGAGGAGGAGUACUUCCUCAUAAGAGGCUAUUGGGGAUGUGCCGCUGGAUGGGGUCGCAUUUUCAAGACUGGAUUGACUAUAAUGGGGUCGCAAAUUUUCGGAUUUGUUGGGGUCAGACAGUUCUUCAUAUUUACGGUUAGCAAACGUACCAGAAUGUUUGUACUGGAGAUGAAAAGUAAAGUGUUCUUCAUUUGAUCUAAAAAAUGGGUCAAUUCAUAAAAAUAGAAAGUGACUCAGCUGGGAGAGCGAAAAUUACAUAUUUGCCCAAACGUGACUAAGAUGGGGUAUAUAAUUGGGGUAUAUAAGCUUACGCGACGAGACCACAAAACAAUAUGGGCAAUUUUAAGAAAAAGGAAAAAUUACCCAAAUCGGCAACAAAGCGAAGCUUUUCUGUCAAAAAAUUGCAAAAGUAAACUUAUGUGACCUUUUACAGCAUUUUAUGACACUGAUAACCUCGAAAUUGAGAAAAGAUUUGAAGGAUUUACAGUUACCUAGAUAGCCUUACGGCGGUACUGUCGCGUUGGCUUGUGGCCUAAAAUCCGCCAGCCAGCGUUGCUUGAAAUUGCUGUAUACGCCCCUGGAUACCGAUAUCUUUUUUAUACUGGCAUAUGGCGUAAACUAUAAUUUAAGACCAUUUCUCAAUACAUUUAGACAUGGCCUAUAACAUGUACGAAGAUGAUGGCGAAACUGGAGAUGAGUAAGUGUACUACACCAUUCUAAAGUGCGUUUGGUAGUUAAGAAAAAUGUCACCUUAGUUUUCUUGGUAAAUAUCUGUUUUUCGAAGAGUCCAAGUUGACAUGUUCAUUCAAACAUGUCCUCUUGUGCAUUCCCAAGCAAUCUUAAUCUGAUUUUUGUAUUUUUACACGAUCACCAUGGAAGAUGAAAAGUAAAUGGUAUUAAAAUUCAAAACAACCAUCGCGGUGACUGCUGGAACUGAACAACUCUUAAACGAUGAGGGAGAUUGUCGCGAUAACGGAUCGCUGCUAAGAGAAACUUCUGUUCUACCUUUGCGAUCCCAGAUGACCACACAUUAUGAUCACCCGUACCGAAUGAUCGUCGGUUCCAAAUGAUCGCUGGUUCCAAACGAUAGUCAUAUAAUCGCUGGGCCCAUAUGCAGUCGACUUCCGCUAACUCGAACCCUCGCUAACAUCAGAGAUCAGAUAUCUGACUGAUCGGACAUCGGAAAUCAGACAACAGACAUCAUACAUCAGGGAUCGGACACGGGACAUCGGGCAUCAGAUAUUGGACAUGAGAAAUCAGAACUCGCAGACAUUAGACAUAAGACAUCAGAAGUCUGACAUCUCACAUCAGACAUCAUACAUCUGACACCAGACAUCAAACAUCAGAAAUCAGACAUCUGACAUCGGACAUCAGACGUCAGACGACUGACAUCUGACAUUAGAGGUCUGACAACAAGACAUCAGACAUCAGAAUCAGACAUCUGACAUCAGACUUUGGACAUCGGAAAUCAGACACCAGAAAUCAGACAUCAGAAAUCUGACAUCGGACAUCAGAUAUCUGACAUCAGACGUCUGACUUCUUACAUCUGAAAUCAGACUCUGGACAUCGGACAUCUGACAUCAGACUUGGGACAUCAGACAUCGGACAUUAGACGUCUGAUAUCAGACAUCAGAAAUUUGACAUUGGACAUCAGACAUCAGACGAGUGACAACAGACAUCAGACUUCUGACAUCAGACUUCGGACAUCAGACAUCUGACAUCAGAAAUGCAACAUCAGACAUCAUUAGACAUCAGAUGUCUGGCAGACAUCAGACACCAGACAUCGGACAUCAGCCAUCAGGCAUCAGACGUCUGACAUCAGACAUUAGACGUCUUACAUCUGACUUCGGACAUCUGACAUUAUACUACUCCGAUCAGUUAGUGUCACAGUUUCUAGAUUGGACUGAUACAAAUGGCAUGCCUUGUAACCCAAGUAAAUGUAAAGAGUUGACGAUCAAAAAGAGAGGCAACCGCGGUCUCUUUUCACCUAUUGGGAUGAUACCAAGCUGUAAAGAAGUAGAGAUUUUAGGGGUCACCUUCCACUGCGACAUUAAAAUUUCAGUGCACGCGAAGGAUUUACUUAGUAGAGCCAACAAAUCCUUAUAUGUCCUUAGAAUGCUGGGCAAAGGGGGCUACAAUCAGUCAGAAAUAGACCCUCUCUUUAAUGCAAUAGUUGUACCUAAUAUUAAUGACGAUCAUCUGUCUACGCCGCAUCUGAGUCCGAUCUUACACAUGUACAAUAUUUCUUAGACCGCUGUUUUAAAAGGAAAUAUACGUCUAAGCCUGUAAGUGUUUACGAAUACCUAGAAAGGAAGGACCGUAAAAUUUUCAGAAAAAAUUCUAAUAAUAAAAGGACAUCCACUUUUAUCUAUUAUGCUUCGUGUUAAACCGUCCAGCUACAAUCUUAGGAAAGAAAGUAACUUUAAACCUUAGAUUACCACUAUGCGCUUUAAAAACUCUUAUUAAUCGUUUAGUUUCUAAAUAUGCCGGAAUAAGCUAUGUAAUAUACUACAUUUUUAAUUCUUACUUUUUACAUCUUUUACACUCUUUACUAGAUGCUAAAUUUCUCACACUUCGAACAUCAGACAUCUGACUUGUCCAAUGUCCGAACUCUGAUGUCCAAUGUACAUGGACACUUUGGACAUGGAACGUCUGACAUCUGACAUCAGACGUCUGACAUCUGACAUAGGACAUCAGAAGUCUGACAUCAGACAUCGGACAUCGGGCAUCAGAUGUUUGACAUUAGUCAUCAGACGUCUGACAUCUGACAUAAGACUUCAGACAUCUCACGUCUGACAUCUGACAUCAAACUUAAGAUGUGUGACAUCUGACAUCACACAUCGGACAUCACUCUACUGAUUUUUAAACCUUUGCUGCUUACUUUCUUUUUCAAAAUAUUAAUAUAUCUCUUGCCAGCCUUGAAGUGAAGUGUGCAUGAUACUUGCAAUCCUCCCCUCAUGCAGCAUGUCCUUACUUCUGGUUAUUUGCUUUUGAUUCCCGAUAAGUUGAACUGUUUUCGAUUUCCCGAAGGUUCCAGUUAUUGAGAGUCGACUGUAGUACCUACGGUCUCUGGAAAAAGUUUAGCGAUCUAAACGAUCGUAGCGGUCGUAACAAUUCUAUGAAAACCAGGCUUAAUAAUACUGAUUCAUCUCUUUUUUAGAUUUAUGAAUGCUAUUCAACCGAUUGCCACCAAAGUGCCCUAUAUGGUUCUCCCAGGAAACCAUGAGGUAACAUUUAGCUAUUUCGCCUUUCACUAUUGCCCUGGGAACAAAGUUGCUGCCCUAACAUCGGUACUCAACCGGUCGUACCCAGUCUGUUUCUCAGUGGAUGGAGGCGCGAUGAAAAUUGGGGGGGGGGAAUGAAAGGUGUAAGAAUAAUAAUAAUAAUAAUAAUAAUAAUAAUAAUAAUAAUAACAAUAAUAAUCUUUAUACAGGGAGCUCACUUCACACAGUGAUAUUCAAUGAGGCCCUGUAAAACAGUAGAAAAAUAAAUGAUCUUAGAUAAAUAAAUAAGUCUAAUUAGUAAUAAGUAAAAAGUUAAGACCCGGCUAAAAACUUAACUAAUAUAAGCUACAGGUUAAAAACCUUUAAAUGUCAGAUAGAUUAAAAUGUUAAAAGCCACAAAAUAUCUAAAAUAUAAAACUUUUAAUGCUCUGUUUAAAAAGAAGAAGAGAGUUAAUUUCUUUAAAAGAUGCCUCUAAAACGUUCCAUUUCAUAGCGUAUUGAUAGAAAAGUCUCUGCUUUCCGUGAUUCGUUUUAACGAGAGGAAGACGGAAAUCGUUCCUUCUUCUAGCUUUUUAACUAUGGAUGUCUGAGUUUCUCAAAAUUUUAAAAUUGUGACCCACAAGUCCGUGGAUUUACUUAAAAGUGGUAAUGUAUCUAUGUACCAGGCGCUCUUGAGAUAAGGUAGGCCAUCCGAUUGUUUUGAGCGCGUCGGUAAAUGAAUCAUAGUUGGGCAAAUCAAGGAUAACUUUGGCAGCCUUAUUUUGUAAGAGCUUAAAUCAUGCAUUAAUGUAAUAUUAUCUCUGUACUGGUAUAAUCAGCAAAAUCCUUUGAUUCACUUUCGCAAUCAAUGAUUCGAUAUGCUCAUUCCAAGUCAUAUUCUCUUCUCAACACCCAGAUACUCAUGACGAGGCGCAACUGAGAUAAAGUAAACAUUCUUUGGACUUAUUAAAGAAGGAGAAUAAAAACUCUGCACAUUGGAAGAUUUUUUCGCAGAGAUUCUCGCAGUAAUGUGUACUUUCAAUUUAAUGAAAUAAAAAGUUAUAGGGUCUUAACGCUACAGGCACUUUAAACACGAAAUCAUGCGAGCGCAAGUACACACGGUAUUAAGGUAACUGACUAAUAUGAAUGAAUCUGGGAUCUCCUCUGCAGUAUAAAGACAACUUCACUCACUACCGUAACCGCUUUUCUAACAUGGAGUUGGGUGUUGGUCAAACAAGCGGAAGUGAAACCAGUUUAUGGUAUGUAUCGAUUGAUGAGUAUAUGUCUGUGAAAUAAUAGGCUACCUUGUGUAGUAGCAAGCUUUUCUCGGCGCCGUCCAAGUCAAGUCAUUUACUUGUUAUGUAAUACUAAGUUCUAUCUUGAGGUUCAGUCGGUAUGAUGCAGGUCUCCUGCCUUGCCGCAGCCCCUGGGGCUCUUCUCGCCAUUCUUUACUUUUCUUCAUGCCAUAUUUUCCCACUCGUUUAGACUUUCCCUCGACCUCACUAUCUGUCCCUGGGUCUCCGAGGAUGAUUCGAUUGAUUCUAUCACGCUCUUUGAUUCUCCCCAGUCUCUCGAUUAAUUCGCUUCGUUAGUCGAUUUUUUGCGCCCUUUUUCCUUACCAUGACGACUAACGAAAUGAGGAACUCAUUGGUUCGACCAAUGGUUCCUGUUUCGAAAAGUCUCAAGUUAUUGAGACCAGCUCUCUGUCCAUUCUUCUGUCAAAAUAAAGGCGUUUUAAAAGACAGCUUGGGAAUUUUUUUCAUAUCCGUCGAAAGCAAUAUCUCCGUGUUGUUUACUAUUUUAUGGCUUAUCAGUUAACGUAAUUUGUAAAUCUUGGACCGCGAGAAGUGUAGUCUAAUAAUUUUCUCAGAGGUAGUGGAGCAAGAGAAACAGGCGACCAAGGGUGAAAUGUUUCCGCAUGAUCGACUUCUGAGAGAAAAGUUGACAAACUAUAAUCUUGCUUCGAUUUGGUUUCCAGGUGGAGUAUGGAUAUAGGACUGAUUCAUUUCGUGGGUUUUGACACCGAAGUAUAUUUUUAUUACUCGAAUAAGGUAAGAACAUUCUAAACAGAUUGUGUAGAGCUGUUGAUGUAAGGGAAUCCGAGAGAUUUUUGCUGACUGAAUCCAGAAUGCGGGAAAAUUUUGUCUGUGGAAUCCGGAAUCCUGUUCUUUGGAAUCCGGAAUUACAGCUCAAGGAGUUCGGAAUACCAGUAACGAUUGGAAUCCAGAAUCCAAGUUCCACUGACAAAUACUGGAAUCCAGUACCUGGAAUCCGGAAUCCACGGUGUGGAAUCCAGAAUCUAAGACUGUCUUGGAUUCCCUUACAUGGAGCGACUCCGAAAUGUAAUUCUUGUUUUUCUUCUUUGUUUGGAAUGGGCCUCUGGUUUGGUUAUUUGAACGCAUACUCGAUCAUACUGUCCAUUGUUAUGCGAAAUGAGUGUUGUUCUGUAAAAGGGUUGAGUUCGAGAAUGAAAGCGAAGCCUUUGACAAUUUUCAGAUACCGUAAAAUUCCGAAAAUAAGCCCGGGGCUUAUAUUUUUCAAAGGCCCUUUUUGAGGGGCUUAUUUUCGGAGGGGCUUACCUACGGAGGGAAAUUUGCGUUUCAAAAUCGACUGGGCUAGCCUUAUAGUUGGAAGUAAACUUAACGUUUUUGCUUUGUUUUACUUUGUAUUUGAGGGCAAUUUUCCAAGUACAAGCCCCCGAGGGCUUAUAUUUGGAGGGGCGAUUUAACGGAGGGUUUCUUGCGUUACCAGUUUGAGGGGCUUAUAUUUAGAGGGCCUUAUACAUGGAGGGGCUUAUUUUCGGAAUUUUACAGUAUAUUGCUAAUUAAAGCACUGUUGGUGGUACGUUAUACCUGUAGUCAAAAGUUGUAACAGAAAUUGUACACUCUCUAGUUGGAAAUUUCGGGACUUAAUCAAUCUACAUUAAAAUUAGAAAUUGCAGUGUCUCCUUUUUUUCUCUACUUUAGGGUCAAAUACAAAGACAGCUCAAUUGGCUUGAGGCUGAUUUAAUUAAGGUAUAGUCAAUAUUUGACAUUAUAUUUAUUAAAUCUUCCUCUAUUUUUUUUUUGUGUGUGCCUGCGUUUCCUUUCAGUAUUUUGCCUUGCUUUCAAAAAGAAAUUUGCGGUCUGCAUUGGUCACUGCGGACUUGCUUUCAUUUACCCGGGGUACGUCUGUGCCUUCUUGCCUUAUAACUGCAUUUGUUUUCUGUUUCCUUAAACUGUUGACUUAAUCUCGUACCCAGAUCUCACUCUGCUUUACACUGAAAAGUGAUAUCUCCCUUUCCCUUGGCCGUGGGAGAUCUGGGUACGAGAUUACUGUUGACUUGGUUUAUCUAGUCGCGCAUAGACUAAGCCGGUAAGGUGUUGUUACCAAUUGCAUCAUGGGACUUUUAGGGGACGCUGACUAUCACUUCUUUUCUAGCUUGGCUAUUAACAAAGUUACGCAGCAAACUCGGGCUAAAUUUUUCCCCCAAAACAGUCCCAUAGUGCAAUGCGACACAACACCGCUCCAGUCUCCAGCGCGUUCCUACAUAAAUGGCCAAAACGACAUUGUACAUGUGGUGUGUCCAAGUCACCUGGUACUUGAGUAGUGCUGCUGUGCUGUCAGUUUUAUUUGCCUCUUACUUGCCUCUGAUUUGAAAAACACAUGCAUGCACUUGCUGUUUUUAUUUCACAAGUUGAAUCCUCUUUUCCUAAUCUAGUCCAACGUCAUUCUCUCGAUCUAUUUUGUUUCUUUUAAAAAGGCAAAUCAGCAAAGGGAGAAGACACCAUGGAUCGUUUCUCUUGCCCACAAGGUAUUCUCUCUUUUUGAAUCCCCCAUUGCUCCUCAAAAUUUUGCAUAAACAUUGUCUUCAAUUUCUCUUGGGACGACUAUCAUACCUAGGAGAAAUAAGAAACAAAGGUUAUUCAAAAUUUAGGGGGAUGGCAAACAAGGUGUAUUAUGGGAGAUGUGUAAAUGGCAAAUGAUCUCAUAACCCUAACAACAGAUUGACGACCAAUCGUGUGCUCAGAUUUCGCGGGUUUCUACUGAGAUCCGCACGUGGUACCAUCUUACGACUCAGGGGCCCUCAGAAUUUAGGUACGAGUCAGGAAAUUCAUCUCCGUGUGAUUGUUCUCCUUGAUUCUUGACUGUAGGCUUGGUUUAUGGAAAAGACUGACUUCUCAGCUUUUGGUCCUCUUCUUCAUAAAUACGGUGUCGAUUUACACUUGUGCGGCCACGCACAUAACUACCAGCGGCUUUAUCCAAGUAGGUGGCUCCUUUCUUUUAUGCUGUACUUAUGUUUGCACGCUUAAUUACAAAUACCUCAGUGGUGGUUUUUUCUCUUGCAUUCAAGUUUUUGUCUGCUUUAAUCUGUCUGCUUUUUAUUUUGUUUGUUUGCGUUUUGCGUUUAGCGUACAAGAACAAUGUUUUCGCUUGUAUUUAAAUUAACUAACGUACAUAACCCAGAACCUACAGGGCCAAUAUGAGCACCCUUUUGCCCGUCUUAAUACUUGCAAUCAAUCAGGCAGAUAAGGAGUAACCUGACAGCAGUAACAGUGGCGGAUCCAGACCUUCGGAUAAGGGGGGGGGCCCUCAGUUUGGUCUAAAAAUAAGGGGGGGCGGGCCUAGAUCCACCAAUGAGUAAGCACGGCCUCUCAAGACGAACCACAGAACAUAGUUUAACAGACCAUUGGCGGCGUCUUUUACCCGUCUAGAUGAACUUAUUUCGAGACGCACAUCACCCUGAUACCAAUUUCGUCCCAGACGGAUAAUGAGCCCCUAGUACUAGAGUAAUAAAGGACAGUCUCGAUGACGUAUUAGUCAACUUCUAGCAUGUUAUCCUUUAUCUACCCUCCGUACGCACGGUUUGUUAUAAAAGCCUUUACGCAGCGUUCUUUAUACGUGAUUAUUUUCAGAAUAGCAACUGCGCAAAGAAACUGAAAAUUAUAAUCAGAAUAACAAAGUCUUUUCAUUUUGUGGCAAAUAGCUUACAAUGGAAGCGUGGAUAAGCCAACGGACAAUCACGUGUAUGUAAAUCCCAGGUACAAGACUGAUAUUGUAGCAGGAUCGGCGGGCUCACAUGAAAAACUUUCCAACUGGACCCGCGCGCCUGAUAACCUGUCGGCAAAAUACAUCUACGACUAUGGGUAGGUUAGACAGGAGUAAGGGAUGCACACCAAUAUCUACCUCUUUAGUAGCGCGAAAAGGCGUUUCUUCUUGCUUCUUGACAAAUGAAAAAGGUGAAUUUUAAUUUAGUAAACGAAUGUUAAAAAAUAUGAUAAUAUAAUCAGCGUCGAUCGCGAGCGUAUUAAGUCACCGACAGGAUUCGAACCAUAUAACGUUCCGAACACUUUGCGGGCACUCCGCGAUUUACUGAGCCACGAAGAGACUCGUGACUCAUGAGAUUCACUCUUCUUUUUUCACGUACAUGCCGUUUUUGAACAUCUUGGUUGUUUCUUUAUUAUAGUGGCAAGUGUCACUGAAGAGUGGACAAUUUCCUAAAGUUUUUCUUUAAAAAAUUCGGGUUGGUUAAGUUUAGCUGUUUGUUCUCUCUUUCGAGGGGCACCGACUGUAUUUUCAAAGGUACCUUUGUAGGUAACUUGUCCGUUGACCCUUCAUAUUGCUCCAAAAUAACGAUCCACAUAGCUUCAAUUAGAUUACAAAGGGAGUGGUUGAGACGACUACCACUAGUCACCACAAGUGUUACCGGAAGUGACUACUCGCAGUUUGUAGAUGUAUUUUGCCAGUUGUCAGGUUCAUAAACCUGACUCGUCCCCAGUCGUCUCUCAUUAUUAGUAUUUGGCUUGGAAGACUAGAGCAAGCGCUUACCUAGUAAAUAAUUAAUGAGUAGAGACAACUUGGAGACGACCGGGGAAAAGUCAGUUUAUAAACCACGCAAAUCGCUUUCGAUCAAUCUUUGGUGAUGAUAUUUCUGACAUUGUAAAAUUGAUUCCAGCUUACGAUGGGAGAGUGGACGACAAUCAUACUGACAAAAAUGUGUAUGUUAACCCCGUUUAUUUGACGACUAUUGUGGCUGGAUCCGCGGGCUCAAAAGAAAAACUUUCCGACGGAAAAGCGCCUCACAGAGCGCUGGCAGAAUACAUCGAAGAGUACGGGUGAGUGGACCUCGCUCCCAUUCUACUAAGAUGUAAAGCCCGGAAACGUUAUCCAGGAAUCCGUGCGUCAAUAAUCGACAAAGAAGCAAAAAGGGCGGUACGUUUUUAUCGUAGCCAAAAAAGAGGGAGGGGCAAGUAGAUGACUUCAAAAACGUUCUCGACGUGAUCACUCAUUUUUGUUCCCAUGCGCGAUCUAUUUCCUUUGCUGUUCAUUAAAGUAUAUUACCUAAAAAGACUAAACGUGCCCGUGUAUUUAAUUUUAACCCCAACUGGACUAAUCGCCAAUUUGAGUUUUUUGUUUACGCAAAAUUUCUGAUGUGUAAUACGAUUAGGUCAUGUUUUUCACAAUUUCCCCUCUGUAGCUAUGGUCAUCUCCAGGCCAUAAACAGGACCCAUUUGUACUGGAGCUGGGAGAACACACAUGACAAUGUGCGAACAGUUUUCCAAGACUACCUGUGGAUCAUACAAGAGAACCAUGGCAUGAGAAUGUUCCCUGAAGAGCCUCCUGCCCCGGUAGCAACCGAUGCCACGGAAGAGAUUCAAGUCGUUGAAGUUUAAAAAAGAUUUUCACACAACCAAACAGAUCAUUAAAUCUUCUAAAAGUGUUAAUUGGUCAGUCUAAGUAGACAUGAUUUUUCAAAAUCCAACCAUUAGAGUGCUGCCAGAAUAGCUUGUCAGCACUCCGUCGUUUUCAUAAGGAAAUCUGGAGAUUAGUUUUCCACAACCUCGAUCCCAACGCCUUUCCUGGGAACGAGGUUGUAGUCUCUCACGCAGCCGUUUACCUCCGAGCAAGCUCUCUAUUUGGGGGAGUCGCGAGGAGUCAAUCGCUCGAGCUUUGCGUGACAAGACAAGAACGGCUGCGUGGAAAACUAGCUGGAGAUGAGCUUGCUGAAGAGUAGCAUGACAAGAAGAAUCCAUUUUUAGGUUGCGAUUAAUUUAUUUAAUGUUUUAGAAGUAAAUGUAGUUUGAAUAUAUGUAGGAAAACCACAAAUAAUAAAUUGUCACGACAAUCUUUGUUAAUUUGCAACUUAGUAGUCUAGGGAUUGUCAUUUAUCACAGCGUAACAAACAUGGACACCUUUAACUCAAUCUAUUCUUCCUCGCCCCAUCCUUGCCUGGGACCAGACUCCGCAGUGGGGAAAAAUGGCAAAAAACGGGGUCUAAUAGCAAAAAUAUUGGCAGGCGAAGCGAG